AUGAAGCAGGUGUCAUUAAGAUUUCAUCAAUCUACCUCAACUCCUGUAAAGGAUAAAGUUGAACUCAAGAAACCAAUCCCUAAACAAAAGUGGGAGUUAACCAGUGACAAGAUUUCGAUGACGAAGAAGGUCGGUGCCGGUGCCUUCGGUGAAGUAUGGCUCGGAACAAUGCGAGAGAGCCCAAAGGAUCCUCCGGUUGAUGUUGCCAUAAAAGUGAAAAAAGUCAACGAGCAAAAUAAAACAAUCUUGGACGAGAUGUACAAGGAGGCACGCAUAAUGAGACAGUAUAAACAUAAAAAUGUGGUUAGAUUUUAUGGUGUAGUACAGAACAAGGGCGACAACAGUGCGAUGAUUGUUAUGGAGUUCAUUGAUGGUGGCGCAUUGGACGAAUACCUUAGAAAAAACUCAGAUGUUUCGACAAAAGCAAGAGUGGGCUAUGCCGUUGAUGUUGCAAUUGGCCUCGUCUACUUACAUUCAAAAGGUUGUAUGCACAGGGACAUUGCUUGUCGGAACUGUCUCAUCGACGUGAAGAAAGGUGUCGUGAAAAUCAGCGAUUUUGGCAUGUCAAAGCAAGCAGAAUUCUAUGAAAUUCCCAGCACUGAAAACUCCCAAUCACAAUUGCUGCAAGCUCCAGAAGUUAUCUCAACACGAGUGUAUACGGCAAAAUGUGAUGUUUACUCUUACGGUAUACUCCUUUGGGAGAUCUUCAAUAAUGGCCAAGUACCUUACAAAGGUAUCGAUAACAAAACUGUCAGAGAAAAGAUAUCUGACCCUAAAUUUCGUCCGCCAACUGAUGCCACCCUUCCCAUUGUUAUAUAUCGAGUGAUGAAAACCUGUUGGAGAGGAAAUCCUGUGAAAAGACCGGCAAUGGAACAAGUUGCUCGCUAUCUUGCUAAUGCUCCUCCAGAAUUGUGA